CCAAUCAAAUCGCCGGCCCCGCGUCACGUGGUUCCUGCCUAGCGACAACAGCGCUAGGCAAGGUUAAGGACUGUGUCGCUGUGGGUUUGUAGUUUUUAAAAAUGGCAUUUUAACCGAUAUAAACUUUACAUCUUUUUUUUCUUAAUCAAUGUUCGUAAGCUUGUGUUGCUCGCAACAGGGCGAAGGGAUUUAUUAGGAAUCGCGAUUUGAGAACGCGAAAUUUUCGGUGAAAUCGACAGCGGAGCGCAAAGGGCUUCUCCUACGGCUAGGCCGCGUUUCUGAGUGUUGUUGAUUCUAGCUGCGGUGGUGGUUGUGUUGACGCCGGCGUUGACGCUGCUGCGAGUGGCGCUGGUGCCGAUGUGCCCGGUGAUGAAGCCGGUGUUGGGCGCUCAGACCAUGCACAGGCUGAAGGGGCGCGGAGGCCGUGGGGUGCCCAUGGAGGUUCCCAUUUGGGAUGAGCGCCAGGCCUACGAGGAACUUCUCUACUGGGAGGACCUCGUCCGGCGCGGGAAGCGACUGCGGCCCGACGACUUUAAACGCUACGAGGACCUGAGCUUCUGGUACGAGCGCUACUGCUUCGAGGAGGACAUGCGUUACCAGGAGGACAUGCGCGCCUACGAGGCGGAAAUGCGCUACUGGGAGGAGUACCAGCGCUACGAGGAGGAGCUGCGCCAUUACGAGUACCUGUCGGCGCAGGAACGCUCCGACCAGGCCGUGCGCAAGCCUAAGCUGCCCUCUACGCCCGGCCCGGCCCAGCGGCCCACGUGCCACUCGGAGUACGAGCGCCACGUGCUGGCCAAGCACACGGCCAUCUACCCCACGCAGGCCGAGCUAGAGGCUGUGCAGACCCUGGUCACCGUCACCGAGAAGGCUCUCAAGCUCCUGUCGGAUGAUUUGGAUACCGGCAUCGGGGCUGCUGGGGCUGCUGUAGCUGCGUCCGCUGCUGCUACUCCUGGAGCCGCCUCUGCUGGGGCUGCUGCUGUUGCCGUUGGUGCUGGCGCUGGGGCUGGUAGCGCCGGCGGUGGCGCUGGCGGUGCGGUAGACCCCGCGGACCGCACCCUGCGUGGCGUGAUGCGCGCUGGUCCGGUUGCCAAGGGGCUGCUGCUCAAGGGAGACCUGGAGCUGGCGCUGGUGCUCAUCUGUAAGGACAAGCCGACCAAGACGCUGCUGGGGCGCAUCGUGCAACUUCUGCCCAAGCACCUCAAGACAGUGCGCGCCCAGGCGGUGGCCGAGAGCAAGGAGUCGUUCGGGGUGGAGAACAAAGCCAAAGACGCAGCCCUGCUGGUCCAUUGGAACCGACCGGGGGCACCGACCCUCACCAUCACCGUCACGCUCACCUGCCCCCUCAUCCGCGAGGAGGCCGAUCGCAAAGCCGAGGCUGACAAGAAGGCCGCCGCUGCCGCCGCCAUCGCCGUUGCAGCUCCCGCCGGCGCACUUGCCGCUGCCAUCACCCCGACAGUCGGUGCGAAAGGUGCCCCUAAAACGGCUGUCAAGACGACCGAGUCAGCAAUCCCGCCAGCGGCGGUGAAAAGUGAAAAAGAGCUGACGGCGCCCACUCCAGACGGGCCGGACGCGCUGGACAGGCAGAAAUGCCUUGACGCGUUGGCGUCCCUGCGACACGCCAAGUGGUUUCAGGCGCGAGCGUCAUCUUUGAGGUCGUGCGUCAUCGUCAUCCGCAUACUCCGUGACCUGUGCGCGCGCGUGCCCACGUGGUCCUCGCUCAAGGGAUGGGCGAUGGAGUUGAUCUGUGAGAAGGCGAUCGGCACGAGUGAGCGCCCGCUGGGCGUGGGCGAGGCGCUGCGCCGCGUGCUAGAGUGCCUCGCCUCGGGCAUCCUCCUUGAAGACGGCUGUGGUAUCUCUGACCCAUGCGAGAAGGAGUUGACAGACGCCCUGGCCUCCAUGUCACAGCAGCAGCGUGAGGACAUAACGCAGAGUGCGCAGCAUGCGCUGCGGUUGCUUGCCUUCGGGCAGGUCCACCGUGUGCUUGGCAUGGAUCCGCUCCCCAAGAAGGGGAAGGGCGUCAGCGACGCAGGCGAUACGGUGCAAGGCGCCGGUCCCGUGGCGCUGAAGAGGCCCCUGGAGAAUUCCUCUCAGCCCGACGCCAAGAAGCGCAAGUUCGGCCUCAAAGGGGAGGUGAAGGGCAAGGAGCCGAGCCAGCCGAUGAAUGCGGUGAUGCGCCUGAACCACAUCCGCACGGGGCUGCAGUACAAGCUGAUCUCCGAGUCGGGGCCCGUGCACGCGCCCGUCUUCACCAUGGGCGUCGAGGUCAACGGCGUCCCCUACGAGGCCUCGGGCUCCUCCAAGAAGGCCGCCAAGCUGCACGUCGCUGUCAAGGUGCUUCAGGCUCUGGGCCUGCCCACGGGCGUGGAGAUGAAGAUGAUGGAGGAGGAGGCAAAGGCCAGUGAGGAGAGCCUCAAGGGCGAGGUCGCAGGGGCCGCGGGGGCCGCUGGGGCCGUGGGGGCCGUGGGGGCCGUGGGGGUCUCGGGGGCCUCGGGGGCCUCGGUGGCGGUGGUGACGGUUGUAGAGGCGGGCACGGCGCUGACUGAGGGCAAGGCGGAGGGCAAAGGAGCCAGCAGAGAAGCGGCGUCGGCAAACUCCGCCGCUACCACCAAGACUUGCGUGGCGGUGAUGAAGCAGCCCGGCCUGGUGCUCACCGCGCAGGGCAAGAACCCCAUCAUGGAGUUGAACGAGAAACGUCGCGGGCUCAAGUACGAGGUCACGUCGGAGGAGGGGGGCAGCCACGACAAGCGCUUCAUCAUCCAGGUGGAGGUGGACGGCGAGAAGUUCAAGGGGACCGGCAGCAACAAGAAAGUGGCCAAGGCCAACGCGGCGCUCGCAGCCCUGGAGAAGCUCUUCUCUGGGCCCAACGUGCCCUGCCCCCCCACCAAGACGUUCAAGCAGAAUAUUCCUGGAGGUCGGGGCAGAGGAUUCGGUCGCGGCAGAGGCCGUGGCAGAGGAUUCGGCUACAGUUCAUAUGACGGCGGCAAUAAAACCGGCUACAACCCCAGCUCCAAUUUUGGAAAUGAUGGGAACAUUCCAGGCCAUGGUGGUGGUGGUGGCUUCUUCUCAAGCGGUGGCUUCCUGAGCUCCGGCUCCCAGAACCAAGGUGGUCCGGCAGGCGCCGGCAGCGCCACGGCUGCCGCCGCCGCAGCCCCUGCUGUCCCGGCACCUGGGCCGUCCUUCCCCAGCAGUGGUGGUGGCGGUAGUGGCGGCGGCGGCGGCGGCGGCGGUGGUGGUAGUAGUAGUGGUGGUGGCGGCGGCGGCGGCAGCAUUGGGCCAUCGGCAUCAUCCGCGGCAAAUAAGAACCAGUACCUGCCUGCUAGUGGAGGUCGGGGUGCUGGCAAGCCGCAGUACGGUGGUGGAGGAACAGGCGGUGGCUUUCGUGGAGGUGGUGGUGGAACUGGUGGUGGUGGUGGGAGUAGUGGUGUGAGUGGUGGUAGUAGUAGCAGCGUUGGUGUGGUUAGUAGCGGCGGUGGACCUCCGCCCAAGCCAAUUUCUGCACCGGCGACACGUGGCGCAAAAUCGUACCACUAUCAGAAACAGGGCGGCUACGGUGGUGGUGGUGGUGGUGGCGGCGGCGGCGGCGGCGGCGGCAGUAGUGGUGGUGGCGGUGGUAGUUACCACCAACAGCACCAGCAACAACAGCAUCAUCAGCCACAGCAUCAGCAGAAGCCUCAGCAGCACCACCAUCAUCAACAGCAGCAGCAGCAGCAGCAACAGCCUCACCACCAUCAGCAACAACCACAACAGCAGCAGCCGCAACAACAGAGUAGCGGCUACCAGAGCUAUCAGACCCAUGGAGCGAGCUACCAGGCGUCCGGUGCUGGCUACCAGCAGUCGAGCUACACGCCGGCGGGGAGCUACGGGGCUCAGGGCGCCGGCUACCAGAGCUCAUCGGUGCCGUCCAGCCACAAGAGCCACGGGGCGAGCGCCGGCAGUGGGUACAGCACCCAGGCGUCGGCGUACACCGGCUAUGGCCAGGGCAGCUACUCCAGCGCCGGCGUCGGCGGCAUCACCGCCUCCUCGGCGUCCGUCUACGGCUCGGCCCAGCCGGAGCCCGCGGCCGCCGACCACUCCCUGCGCUACUACUCGUCGGCGCAGGGCGGCUACUCUGGCGCCGCCUCCGGCUACGGCGCCAUCGGCCAAACCGUCGGCGCCGCCGCCGCGGCGGCCGCGGCGGCCGCGGCGGCGGCCGCCGCGGCGCAGCACAAGAAAGCUUACGACAGCGCCGCGUCGGCCGGCAAGGCGGUGUACGCGGUCGGGACCACCGGCUCGGUCGCCGUCAAGCAGCAGCAGCAGCAGGUGGCGCAGUACCCGUUGGCGGCGGCGGCGCAGGCGGUGCAGAUGGCGCAGGUGGCGCAGUACCCGUCGGUGUACGGGGCCGGCGGGUACGCGACGGGCUACGCGGCGCAGCCAGCCGCGGCCACGGACUACGAUGGUGAGAGGAGGAGCGCCACCUUCCACGCGAGUGGCUACGGAACGUCCUACGCGUACGGGGCCACCGCGGGGUUCGCAACCCCCAUCCCCACGGCCACGGGAUACGCCACAGGCUACGGCGCCCAGUCAACGUUCGCGGCGGCCGGGGCGGCCCCGGUGACGUACGCGGCGGCCGGGGCGGCCCCGGUGACGUACACGGCGGCCCCCAGCGCGGCGCAGGCCUACUUGACCACGCCCACCGUCUACAUCUCCUCGCAGCCCGUGGCAGGCUACGGACGCGCCGACCCCUCGCUGCUGCAGACCUACCAGCAGUACCGCUAGCCCUGCCCCCUGCCCCGUGCCCCGUGCCCCGUGCCCCCUGCCCCGUGCCCCCUGCCCCCUGCCGCCUGCUCCCUGCCCCCUGCCGCGUCUUGCCCCCCUUGCGUUUGAAGCGAAAGUUCCAAGGCUUAAGUGUUCACACCCCGCCGUUUGGUUUAACCCGGGUUAGACACACAGAUAGGCAGGAUGGCUAUAUCCAUUGUGUGAUAUACAGUGAGGGAAAAUCGUCUUUGAUCCCCUGCUGAUUUUGUACGUUUGCCCACUGACAAAGAAAUGAUCAGUCUAUAACUUUAAUGGUAGGUUUAUUUGAAGAGUGAGAGACAGAAUAAC